CCCGCCCUCCCCCUCCCCUCCUUCCCGAUCCGUCUAGUCUCUCUCCCCGCUCCCUCCGGCCGCCCUCCGCCGCCUCGGUGGUUCCUCAGGCGGCCCGGCCCGGCCCGCCCGCCCCGCGUCCCCUCCGGCCGGUGCCUCUCCCCCCGGCGGGCUGCCUGCAUGUCUUUACUGCCCUCAGCCCCGCCGCCACCGCCGCCGCCGCCUCCCCCGCCGCCGCAGCCCCAGCAGCAGCAGCAGCCGCCCCGCCGCCGCCGUCGCCGCCGCCGCCCGGACCCUGGCGCGCUGAAUGCAGACUAAUAGGGAUGCCAAAGGAAAAAUAUGAUCCUCCAGAUCCUCGCCGAAUUUAUACCAUCAUGUCAGCAGAGGAGGUAGCCAAUGGGAAAAAAUCUCACUGGGCAGAAUUAGAAAUCUCGGGUAGAGUGCGGAGCUUAAGUACAUCACUUUGGUCAUUGACACACUUGACAGCGUUGCACCUAAAUGAUAAUAACCUUGCUCGCAUUCCACCUGAUAUUGCCAAGCUUCAUAAUCUGGUUUACCUGGAUCUGUCAUCCAAUAAACUCAGAAGUUUACCAGCAGAACUAGGAAACAUGGUGUCUCUCAGGGAAUUGCUUUUAAAUGACAAUUAUUUACGGGUUUUGCCUUAUGAACUUGGCCGGCUCUUCCAGCUACAAACUCUAGGUUUAACAGGCAAUCCUUUAUCACAGGAUAUUAUGAGCUUAUACCAGGACCCAGAUGGAACCCGAAAGCUACUGAACUUCAUGCUUGACAAUCUUGCAGUUCAUCCAGAGCAGCUUCCUCCGAGGCCAUGGAUUACAUUAAAAGAACGAGACCAAAUUCUGCCAUCAGCAUCAUUCACGGUUAUGUGUUACAAUGUGUUAUGUGAUAAAUACGCUACCCGGCAGCUAUAUGGCUAUUGCCCGUCCUGGGCAUUAAACUGGGAAUACAGGAAAAAGGGAAUUAUGGAAGAAAUUGUUAACUGGGACGCAGAUAUCAUUAGUCUUCAGGAAGUGGAAACAGAGCAAUACUUUACUCUCUUUCUGCCAGCAUUGAAGGAUCGUGGAUAUGAUGGAUUUUUUUCUCCAAAGUCACGUGCCAAAAUCAUGUCUGAGCAGGAAAGAAAGCAUGUGGAUGGUUGUGCAAUAUUCUUCAAAACAGAAAAAUUUACACUGGUGCAGAAGCAUACAGUGGAAUUCAACCAGGUAGCAAUGGCGAAUUCAGAUGGAUCCGAAGCAAUGCUGAACAGAGUGAUGACAAAGGAUAACAUUGGCGUUGCUGUGGUUUUAGAGGUCCACAAGGAGCUCUUUGGGACAGGUAUGAAGCCUAUUCAUGCUGCAGACAAACAGCUGCUUAUAGUGGCAAAUGCCCACAUGCAUUGGGACCCAGAGUAUUCUGAUGUGAAACUUAUUCAGACCAUGAUGUUUGUCUCAGAGGUUAAAAACAUUCUGGAGAAAGCCUCAAGUAGGCCUGGCAGCCCAACUGCAGAUCCUAAUUCCAUCCCGCUGGUGCUAUGUGCAGAUCUUAACUCAUUGCCAGAUUCAGGUGUUGUGGAAUAUUUAAGCAAUGGAGGAGUAGCUGACAACCAUAAAGACUUCAAGGAGCUAAGGUAUAACGAGUGUCUUAUGAACUUCAGCUGCAGUGGAAAGAAUGGCCGCUCAGAAGGGAGGAUCACACAUGGCUUCCAACUUAAGAGCGCCUAUGAAAAUAACUUGAUGCCUUAUACCAAUUAUACCUUCGAUUUCAAAGGUGUGAUUGACUACAUUUUCUAUUCCAAGACUCAUAUGAACGUGCUUGGUGUCCUGGGGCCUUUAGAUCCUCAAUGGCUGGUUGAGAACAACAUCACUGGGUGUCCACACCCUCACAUCCCUUCAGACCACUUCUCACUGUUAACACAACUUGAACUCCACCCUCCACUCCUGCCUCUUGUCAAUGGUGUUCACUUGCCUAAUCGGAGGUAGUGGAGUACAGCCCCGCCAAGACGGGGGUCUGUCGCUAUGGACUUGUACAGUUGUAAAUCAAAGUAUGUAGGAGUGAAGUAUGGCCAUCCUUAAGCUGCUGCUUCAGGUUCCUUUCAUUAUGUGUUUGCUAUAAGACUUUGUAUGUUUUUGUGCAUACUGAUAUCAUUUGGCACUAGGGCUGGAACCAAAGUAUUACCAUCUGUCUCUAUCCAAAAGUUUAAUAUACUUUAAAAUUGGAUUUCUUCUCUUCCUAUUAUAUUAUAUUAGAAAACAGCAUUCACAAUUCACUAAUUUGAGGCCCAACACCAGUGUUGUUCUCUAAAAACAAAUACAUUCUUUGGAAUGAUUUCAAAUAAGCCAAUCAUUUUUGUAAAAAGCGAUUUUUUUUACAAACUCCAAAUACAAGAUUUUCAAUUGAAUGAUGGCAUGCCUUAUAGGAAAAACUUUGAAUUUCUGUUUUCCUUCAUAACAAACUGAUUUUUGGCUCCCAAGUCAUUUGCACAUUAACAAAGCACUUAAAUUUGCUUGAUUUGUACAUUAACUGUGAUAUAGCCACUAGCCAUAACAAGACAUUUUGAAAAAUGAAAAUAAUUGCACAACACGCUUUCAAAACCAAGCGUAGUGUAUGACAGUUUGUUGGCUGAAUGCUGGUUGUUUUGUUUGAGGAAUCCCCAUUUUUUUCUUUUCUUUUUCUCUUUUCUCUCUUGGUCUGCCUACUAGUUGUGAUCUUUUUAGAAGUAUUAACUCUAAGUCCAUCUCUCCAGUUCAUUUAUAAGAAAAAGGCAGAUAUAUACUGCCAUACAUCUUGAAAGUAGAAUUUGGUAUUUUUAGAAUGCCCACAAAAUUAGUGUCUGGUAUUUUUCAUUUUUCAUGUCCACUCUUCUUUUCUGUCUGGUUGUACUGGGGAAAAAAAAAAAAGAUAAGAUCCAUAUUGUCUUUAUCACUACUGUUUAAUGUUUAAAGAAAAUUGUUGAAUGAAAAGCCCCUGGUCAAAGUUUGAAAAAGGGAAAGCCAUAUAUUAUUACACAUAUUUUCCAAAGUAAGUUAAAUGGCUGUUUUGUUUGUUUAUUUGUUUGUUUGUUGUUUUUGUUUGUUUGUUUUGAGGUAACAAUAGAGAGGAUUUUGAGGAGAGGACAGAUUUGGGGAAGUAGUUGAAAACUUUGGAUCAUUUUUUUCUGACUCUAGCUGCCAAAUGGCCAUCAUAUGCUUUUAAUCUUUGUUGCCAUAUCUGUCUAGAUUUGAAUUAAGCUACUGGUUUAUUCCCAAAGUUGGAUGCCUCUAGAUGUAUUGGAAACCAACUCCCCCUUUGUUGUUGGCCAAGAGGGGCCACUUGAAAGUCUGACUUGAGAGGCAGAGAGCAUAAAUACCAUUUUGUGGGGAGAAAAUUAGUUGGCUGCUUAAUGUUAAUUAUGACACAGUAACAUUGGAAAAGGUUGUGUCUGUGUUUUUAAGUUUUUCUUUAUUCUGCUUUUUUGCUGCUAUAAGAGUUUUCUGAAAUUUAUAUUUUAAACUUUUCAUGCACUUUACUGUUUCUAGUAUCAAAAUGUGAUAUUUUUAAUAAACAAGAAAUUUUCCAUUAUGUGAAUGAAAUUUUAAAAGAAAAUAGCCUAUAUUUGUGUCUCACUAAUAUAUAAAGUACAAGUCAAAUUUAAAUUAUUUAAUUAGUUAUAAAUAUAUACAAAUUGUCUCCUCUUUCAAACCUGACAUCUUAGGCUGUUUUAUUAGUGUUAAAUGAUAUAUUUCCUGUGGCUAUUUUAUACUAAUUUCUUCCAUAGUUUACUGAUCAGGCUAUAUAAAAAAUAUUUCCCCAAAGGGUAAUUUUAGUGGGAUGAGGGUGAUGGGAUGAUACAAUAUCACACAGGAUUGCAUCCAGAAGAGCUCUGUAAAGCCUAAACUCCCUUUUAAAAGUGCCUAGUGACAGAGGCGUUGUCAUCUAUUGUAAUUGGAAUGUCACUGCAGUUCAGCAAAGUUUGGUGUAAAUAAAAUAUUCUUUUAAAAACAUUAAAGUACCUGAAUAAACAAAUAAGCAGAAGAAACCCUUGAUGACAGAUUUUCCUCCGUGUUCAGGUACCCCUUCUUAUAUACCUCAAGCAUCCAACAUCUAGCCAUGCAAAUUGAUUAUCUGAAGCAUAGUACUGGAAAGUAGAAGAGCAUGAAAAACUUAAUUUUGUGGACAUUACCUUUUUUUGUAAUCAGCUACUGUAUGUUUAAUUUUAGAUCUUUUGUUUUGGGUGGGUUUUCUGCUCUGGAGGUAUAUGCACUAACAGAACAUUCUUCUUUCAUAGACGCAUGUUAAUUAGCAAUGUGAGCAAUAUUUCCUACCAUACUUCACUCCCGAUAUUUUUUGAGAUGUUUGUAUAAAUGAAAUUUAAAGUUCACUUAUGAUUGUAUAUGAACCACAGAGGAGCCCAUUUAUUAAUAAAAAAAAUCUUUUUUAAUAGUUAAAUGUAGAGGGGAAAAUAAAAAAAUUGGGAAACAUUGUAAACAGCUUAAGUUUAUUUUGUGUAUGAUCAAGGCACUCUGUUGCAAGAAGGUGUGUAAUUGGGUCUCUCUGCUUCCAAAUGCACUCUUUCAAACCAUUCAUUAUCCUGUGUAUUUUAAUGUGGUUUUCGUAAAUGUUGGUAAAGUAGAUGAUUGUGUUUUGUUUUGGGUGGCACACACCUAGGGCAUGGUAACCCAGCUUUCAUGUGCACGGUUUCCCUUUAGCCUCCUGCCCAGAUUUCACAUACUGUUUCCCUUUGUUCCCUUUGUAAAAGGAGUGGUAUCUUGUUUUGAGCUGCCAGUUCAGAUGAUCAGAAAUGCUGCUGUCCUCAGCAUUGUCUUGUUAAAUGCAUGCCAUUUGGAACUUUGGCAGUGAGAAGCCUAAAGGACAAGGUGAAUGACAUGGUAUAUAUUCAGUGAAGUGAGUCAUAUGUGCUCAUAUACUUUCUAGUUCUCAGAAUAAGUUAAUAAGCUUUAUGCCGUUGGGCUGCUGCAUAUUUUAUGUGAUGAUAAAAGAAAAUUUGGGCAUUUUUAGAUUGUGCUAUGUAUUUUUUUAACUGUUAAAUAUGAUUUCUGGUAAUUUUCUUAAGAACUGGAGUGUUAGUUUUAUUUAAACGGUGUUGUUUGGGGAAGGGGAAACUGCACUGUUUGCCAUUGUAACAGUCAUACAAGUGCAUGUCAAGUCACCCACUGUCAAGCAUCAGUAUCCUCCUCAUAGCUUUACACACUUUGAUGGGGAAUAUUGCAGCAUCCUCAGGACUGACAUCUGGAAAAGGCUCAAAUCCACUUACUGCUCCUUGCUUGUUGACUUUGUUUUACAAUAUUGUGCCUGGUGUCAACUUUUAAGCAACAGCACUGCCUAAAAGCAAGCAGAGAACAGAAUCCCAGCACCAUUCUGUAGGCAACUUUUUAGAAUUCAGAUACAGUAUAUCUGUUCAAGAUUUAUGAUGUUUUAUGUGAAAAAAUUUUGUACAACAUAGCUGAAUAUUUUUGUUUGAUUUAUUUGAUGUAAGGCGUGUGAACAUUCAUUUGAAUAUCACAUGUUAAAGUCAGGUAUGGCACAAUGGGUUCUGAGACCAGCUUCCCCCACCCUCCCAUUUGCCUUGUUCCAAUCUUUAUUUUCAAAUUACGUUUCUGAUAUUCAUAGGCAGAUACUUAAUUUUACUAAUAAGCAUCCUGUGUGAAUGUAUUUUAAAAGCCACUGUGUUUUAGUGUUAUAUUUUGUGGAAAUACGAAACUUACCUUUUUUUUUUCUUUUUCUUUUUUUUUUUUUUUUCUUAAAGUCAUAUAUCACUGAGAAGGGAGAAAGUUGAAAACUAUCUAAGACUCAUAUCACUUGAAUCUGUGGCAGAUUGUGUUAAAAUUGAGGGUGUGGCACAUUAAACCUAGAACAUGGACAAAACUGUGCUCCGUUUAAAAAUUCUGUCUCCUGAGUAUGUCUUGUCAGUAGGUGAAAUUUUAAGUCUGUGUUGUAUUUCUAAGAUUUAAUAAAAAUGACAGAUCCCACCUGUACACUUAAUAGCAGAUAGUAAGAGCAGUGAAAGCACAGGAGAAAUAGCUUGAGCACGUGCAUUGAAGGAGCCAGGAGCAUACAGCUUCAUUUCUAAUGCAAAACUAGAUUUCCUAGUGUUAAAAUUGACUUUGUUCUAAUACUGAUUUAAAAUUUAAUCUUUUAUAUUCUAAGUUUCUGAAAUAUCUUUAAUAGUUUUGCAAAGUAUACUAACUGGUUGGUAGCGUCAGUUACAAAAAACAAAUUGUAUUACAAUAAUGGUCCUGUAGCAAGCAAAAUCUCUGUCACUUGUUCAAAGUAACACACGUUUUGACUGAAAUGUGAGCUGUCAUGUUUGUAAGUUUUUUUUUUCUUCUCUAUCCCCAUAAAACCCAAAGUAACACUUUUCUGAUGUGUUCAAAGAUUUGUUUACCGACUUUCCAUUUGGUUUGUAUCAUAUUUGUAUGACUUUUGUCUAUUAGAAAUAGAUAAAUUAAGUAGAGAAGUUAGACUUAUUUUUCUAAAUAAGAAACUUCAACUGAAGUUUUGAGUUUGUAGACAGAACAUUUAUGUUUCUGAUUGCUCUGGAUGAUUUUAAUUCUAUAAUUGCACGGCAAUUCCCAAAUUUAAGUUCAAACACAAGUAAAUGCUACUACAUCUUUAACCCGCUCAUUUACCAAAGUUAUAGCCUGUUUCAGAACAGGAUGAGAAGAGCAUCUUUCAUAAUUGUCACCUAAAUGCUUAAAAGAUAAAACCCUUGGAUGUUCUGAGCAAGAGCCACGGGAAUGGGAAGGGAAGCAGAAGAAAAGUGGGGACCUGUCAGGACGAUGGUAAGGAUAGAACGUGUACUACUUACUUAACUAAAUGUAUUCAUGUAAAUGUCUCAGGUAAAGGCCUGUAGGAAGAAACGGCUUCCCAGAAAGUUUUAUUAAUAUAAUUUUUUCUUUUAGCUUAACUUUGGUUUCUGGCAGACUUGGUUUAUUCUUGGAUCCACAGGAGAAACUGAAGUAAUUUUUAGUAAGAUGACUUUCAAAGGGUAUGAGUUAAGGGCAUGCCUAUUAAACAUUGGUAUUGAUGGCACAGCCUACAAGAUGAAUAGCACUGAACCGAAAUUAGAAGUAUGCCGUUAGAAACUACAUGCCUCUUGGCAUGGUAUACUCACUUUGCAGAGUAUUUCAAAAUUCAUUUGGUACCUGUUACUGGCUAUUUUCAUCAGCAAGUUCCCUGACUUUGUUUGAUUUCCCUGUUUGUAUAUCUGUCACUUCUAAAAGCAUAGGGGUCAUGGUAGCCCUCUGAAGAAUGAUCCUUUCUUGUACAUUAUUUCAGAGCACAGACAGACUUUCUUAGCUAUCAAUUGUUCAGUGUACCACAUAUGUUUAAUUUGUGUGUAGUUACUUGAACUCAGAAUAUUGGCUCAGCAUUGGUGUGCCAAACAAUGGCUUUGCUUUUUACCAGACAGACUUAGUUUCCUGCUGCUGUUUCAACUUUAAUGCGGUAAGUGAUGCAGUGUGUGGGUUGCUCUUUAUCCAGAAACUACUGCCCUUUCUCUGUGCUUGAUUUGCUACAAGUAUAUUCCCUUACCUGAGAAAUUCCUGAGCGGUGCUCUGCCGACUUUUGAGAGGGGUUUGGAUGGCUGUUACUGCACACUGGAUCUGGAAUUGUUCGGUGUUGAAUGGCAGAGUUCGUAAACACCAGCAGCACUGAGAAGUGCACUGCGGGCAUUCAUACCGUUGUCCAAAGGCAAGCAGUCCUUUCGUCUAGGAGGAGCUGAGGUGUGGAUUCAGUAGGACUACUAGGAGUAUUUCAAGGAGGGAAAUGCUUAACUCUGUUAUCUCUGAAGUGGGGGAGCACUUUUUCUUUCUUUUUUCUUUUUUCUUUUUAAUGAGAAAAUAUAUAUAAUUUUUUUUCUCUUUGAAAAGGCCAGAUUGUGUGAUUAUAUUCAUCAGAGAUUAAGUUGUAUCUUAUUUUAAACUGUAUAAGUGCCAAGUAAUUGUUCAUGGACUUUCUACCUUUCCAUUCAGUUUACUGUUUGACUAGGGAAGGGAUUAUUUAUUUUUAUUUCCUGGCAUUAAGUUGACUAAUUUAUUAUUUUGCAUACACUUGAGUUAUUCUGUGGCCUAUUUAGUGUUUUUGUAACUAUUACAAUGGUCUAAAAGCAAAGCACAUUAUCCUAAAACUAAAAAAGGUAUUUUAGUAAUUUCCCCAUAAUACUUGGUAAUUUCUAUUAAUAUCAUUCUAAGCAAAUUUCUACUGUGUUAGGUUGUGUAUUUAUUUAUUUUUUAUUUUUAAUCCUAAGAAAAAGCCGAGCACUAAAUCAAUGUAUUCUCAUAAUCAUUUACAAUUUAAGCUUUUCUCUUUUUUUCUUCAUUAGAGGAUUCAAUGAAGUGCCAUGUAAUUGUAGCUUACUAAUCAUUGAUGUUUGAUAGACUGGUCCUGUGAUAUUCUAGACAUUUCAUUCUUUUUUGUCAUCGCUGGAGAAGAUGGUUCUACUCUCAUUCUCUCUGAUAAAAUCACCAGCUGCUUUAUUUUUCUAUUUAUUAAACAGUUGAUAAGGUCUGGAUCUUGACCGAACUGCUCAGCUGAGAUGUUUUUCAUAGUAGACACUAUAGAAGAUGUGUGUGAAAAAGGACACAGUUGAGUGGUGGCGUUCUUUUUCAUUAAUGUGAAUAUUGACUAAACAAAGCAGUCCUGCCUUUUAAAUCUUGUGGCAGCUCAGAAGGGAGGUGCUUAAGAACCUUAACUAUUAUGUCAGAUGACAAACUAUUUUUUUUUUCCAUUUUGGAGAUGGGUACUGCUCACACAUGAUGUAUAGGGCUAAAUAUAUGCUUGUUUCCCUGCACCUGUGUACUCUCCCCUUCUCUCCCACUUUUCCUUUCCCUGUAGGCAAUAAAUGGCCAUUUUGCAAGCAUA